AUGCAGUCUGGAAUCUCAGCCUCCGAGGAGCUCCAGAAGGCGUUCAGCUCGCUGCUCGCGACGCCCUCCGACUUUGCCCUGCUUGUAACGAUCCAGGGCGAAUCCCUGGUUCCCGUUGAGACGAUCGCGGGCAAAUCCUCCGACUUUGGACAGAACCUGUCUGUGCUGGAGCCGUUCGUCAAGCCAGACGUCGCCCUCUAUGCCAUCCUCCGCCGCUACGACGACACGCCCAAGUUUGUUGCCGUGACAUACGUUCCAGAUGCCGCCAAAGUCCGCCAGAAGAUGCUGUUCGCCUCGACACGGCUGACGCUGGUGCGAGAGCUGGGCACAGAGCACUUCCGCGAGACGCCCUUCAUGACCAUGGCCAAGGAAUUGACAGCGGACGGAUUCAAGGCCCACGAUGCGCACAAUGCCCUGGCAGCGCCCCUGACCGAAGAGGAGAAGUCGCUGGGCGAGAUCAAGAGGGCAGAGCAGGAAGCUGGAUCGGGCACUGCCAUCCGAGAAAUCCAUCUCGCCCAGAGCUUGAACAUGCCGGUCAACGAGGAUGCCAUUGCGGCAAUGAAGGAGGUUGCCGAGGGGCAAAAGGCCGCGGCGACACUGAAAAUUAACGCGGCUACCGAAAGAGUAGAGCUGGCACCCGAAACCCCCAACUCCAACUCCCUCACCGAGCUCAUCAAGAGUAUCUCUACUGUCGAGCCACGAUUCACCUUUUAUCGGUUUACCCAUACCCAUGAUGGAGCAGAACAGACACCAAUCCUCUUCAUCUAUACUUGCCCUGCGACGGCUGGAAACAAGGCCAUCAAGAACAGGAUGCUGUACCCCCUGAUGAAGCGUGCUGUUCUCACCAUCGCCGAGCAAGAGGCCGGUAUCAACAUUGAGAAGAAGUUUGAGGUGGAAGACCCCAGUGAGAUUACCGAGGAGGAAGUCUUGAACGAUCUCCAUCCCAAGAAGGUGGCUUCAUCAGGUUUCAGCAGGCCCAAGCGCCCUGGCAGGUAG